UAAAGCCUCACGCUCUCAGUGUUUUGUGAAUGGUAGCGAGAGGGAGUUGCUGGGGGGAGGAGUUGGACUUCGGCUGACUGACAGAUUCCACGAAACCAGAAAACCUCCACAUUAAAGAGCAAAACCUGAGAAUAUACAGGACACUUGACUGCUGCUGGCUGCCCUGCAACAUCCUAAUGAAAGGAGAGAAAGAGAUCACGACCAAGAUGGACCCGUCUAACGGGCUGAACCGGCCGCUGGACAUCGUCCCGCACACGGAAGUGAAGAUGAAGGACAGGGGACAGUGGAGCAACAAGAUGGAGUUUGUCUUGUCGGUGGCCGGAGAGAUCAUCGGACUGGGAAACGUGUGGCGCUUCCCGUAUCUCUGCUACAAGAACGGUGGAGGUGCAUUUUUCAUUCCCUACCUGAUCUUCCUCUUCACCUGCGGUAUCCCUGUGUUCUUCCUGGAGGUUUCUCUGGGUCAGUUCACCAGCGAGGGAGGAAUCACAUGCUGGAGGAAGAUCAGCCCGCUGUUUGAAGGGAUCGGAUACGCCACUCAGGUCAUCGUGGCUCUGCUCAACUUCUACUAUAUAAUCGUUUUGGCCUGGGGAAUAUUUUAUCUGUCCUACUCCUUCUCCUGGAACCUGCCGUGGUCCUCCUGCAACAACACCUGGAACACCGAAUCUUGCAUAGAAUUUCAAAGACGAAAUGAAUCCAUUGACCAAAGUCACCUUGAGAAUGCAACAUCGCCCGUGAUUGAGUUUUGGGAACGCAGAGUUUUGCGGAUCUCUUCUGGGAUUGAGGAGAUAGGAACGCUGCACUGGGAUCUGGUCCUCUGUCUGUUGCUGGCCUGGGUUCUCUGUUAUUUCUGCAUUUGGAAAGGCGUCAAAUCCACCGGCAAGGUGGUGUACUUUACUGCGACCUUCCCGUAUGUGAUGCUGGUGAUUUUACUGAUCAGAGGGGUCACCCUGCCAGGAGCAUCCCGUGGGAUUCAGUUCUACCUUUAUCCUGACCUGGGACGAUUAGCGGACCCCCAGGUGUGGAUGGAUGCAGGCACGCAGAUCUUUUUCUCGUAUGCCAUCUGUUUAGGUUGCCUCACCGCACUCGGAAGCUACAAUAAAUACAACAACAACUGCUACAGGGAUUCUUUGGCCCUGUGUUUCUUGAACAGCGGAACCAGUUUUGUCGCUGGUUUUGCCAUCUUCUCAAUUCUUGGCUUCAUGUCUUACGAACAGAACGUCCCAAUUUCAGAAGUGGCCGAGUCUGGUCCUGGUUUGGCGUUCAUUGCAUAUCCGCGGGCAGUGUCCAUGAUGCCCAUCUCUCCGCUGUGGGCCUGUUUCUUCUUCAUCAUGAUUGUUCUGCUGGGGUUGGACAGUCAGUUCGUGUGUGUGGAGAGUCUGGUCACAGCUACGGUGGACAUGUACCCGACUUUCUUCCGUCAGAAGAACCGCAGAGAGCUGCUCAUCCUCGUCGUGGCCGUCGUGUCCUUCCUCGUGGGGCUCAUCAUGCUCACAGAGGGUGGAAUGUAUGUCUUCCAGCUGUUUGAUUACUACGCAGCCAGUGGGAUGUGUUUGCUCUUUGUAGCUAUUUUUGAGACCGUCUGCAUCGCUUGGAUAUACGGUGCUAAUCGGUUUUAUGACAAUAUCGAGGACAUGAUUGGUUACCGUCCUGGGCCGUAUAUUAAAUACUGCUGGCUCUUUUUCACCCCAGCCACAUGUUUUGGUACGUUUGCGUUCUCCCUGAUCAAAUACACUCCUCUGAAGUAUAAUAACGAGUAUGUGUACCCGUGGUGGGGUUACGCUCUCGGCUGGCUGCUGGCGCUCUCCUCGAUGGUUUGCAUCCCGCUGUGGGUGGUUUCUAAACUGAGCACAGCCAAAGGUUCACUGAGAGAGCGUUUCCACGAGCUCACCACGCCCUCGCUGGACCUGCCCAAAACCAGACGAGAGCAGGAGAAACUUCAGGCCAUCUUUGCAGCCGACGGCGACGCUCUUCGCCCGACCAAAGACGGGUACACCCCUGUCAGCGAGAAGGAGUCGCACUGUUAGACGGAGCACUGCGUGUGCUUCCGAACCUCCCCGUGAUACCUCACACAGUACUGGCAGCCAAAAACAUUACAACAGACACGCCAGUGUCCACAGCCGGAGAUUUGAAGAGCUUGCACGGAAGAGGGCACGGAAAGCCAGAGUGUGUCAAUAUUAUAGACACCAGAGCAUUGAAACACAAUGUAAUCACACGAUAUUUGAGAGAAAACCUAGGGUUAUGUAGGGUUACUUCUAAUUAAACUCUCAGAUCUAAUUAAACUCUCUGUACCUUUUCAGAAGGUGCACUUUUAGGUACUAAUAUGUACACUUUAAGGUGUGUGCAUACAAUACAAAGGUGUGCUUUUGAAAAGGUAGUGCCCCAGUGACAACUUUUGUACCUUUUUUUUCAGAGAGUGCACAUCUAAUGCAUCUAUAGAUUUCAAUUAAGGCCGUUUUCUCAAAAUGAGCUGUUUCUCCACUUGAGUAGAACGUUUUAUUCCUAUCGAUACUCUGAAGAUUUUUAUAAAGGGGUUUGUUCCUGAUUUUACACAGCAUUUGAUUCCUGAAAACAUGCUGAAAAUGAUUUAUUCUGUCCGUUGACGGCAUUUUCUGAUUCAUGGAGCAAUAAAAACGGAUAUAUCCAUAUCCAAAAUCUCCUCAGUAAAAACAAAACGAAGUGAGAAUUUUAAACCUGGCUUUAGCCAGUGUUCUGGAAGUGCAUGCAGAUUUGUGCAUAUUAUAAAAUACCUCAUUUGCAUGUUUAAACAUAACACUUCGGAAAAACUGUAAUAUAAAACAUGUUUGUAAUUCUUAAUCAACUAAGUAUUGUGAUCUAUUACUAUUUUUUAUUUGAUUUUUUACCUUAUUCACCUGGGGUGUUGCAUUAAACUAAACAUUAAUUAUGCUCUGAUUUGCUUAUGCAUUUUGUGCUUUUAGGAUAUAAUAAACUGCUCUCAGUUAUAUUGACACUUCUACGGUCUAAACUUGGCCAAAUGUGAGCCAAACGGAGCUGUUUUUUGCUGUUUAACUCUGGAGUAAUCAAGGAAUAAGACACUUUUGUUUUUUCACCCUCAUAACGUUCCAAACCUGUAUUUCUUUGACUUUAUUUCUUUGGCAGAACACAAAAGCCCCUGGUCAGUGGUUUUAUUGUGUGCAAAAGUGACUUACAGUUCGGAGAUCUCGUUCUGUGUCUUAAACAUUGGGGUGCACAACACAUUUAGCUAGAUUUUUUUUUUUUUUUUUUUUUUUUUAAUUGGGGAGAUGCUGUUACAAAUUGUUUAAAGGAGUUAAAGACUUAUAGGAAAUAACGAAAAAGAAAGAUAGCAGUAAAAUAACUAGAACCUAUGAAGUAUUUCAAAUAAUUUCCUUUUUUUUUUUCUUUUUUUAUAAAUAUGCAUAUUCAGUCUUAAUCAUAUGUCUGACGUGACUAAAUAAGAUAAUCAUCUCUUUUUUAUUUUUGGCAUUUCCAUCUUGAAAAAAAAAAAGUCAAACGAGUCUGGAAUGACACGAGUCCCAUAAAAAAUAAUUUAUCAUUUUUUUAGGUGACCUCUUUUCCCCGUCAAACCGUUCUGAAAUACAUGUCAGAAACAGAAACUGGUGUCUUUCAGCACUGUUUCAGUUCAAACAAUCAAUGCAUCUGCUUUCUAAGGAAGCAAAUUACUGUUUUGUUUUCGAAUCCAUGUGGAUGUUCAUGGUUUACACAGCGAAGCCUGUGGGGUUUUAUACUCAGAGCCAUCUUGCAUGAGUUAUUAUAAAUGCCUGUGAAGGUUUUAGACGAUACAGGACUGAUAGUAUCACAUGCAUGAUUAUGGUACUGUUUCGAGGUGAUGUGAAACCAUUUUCAGUGUUACACAGGGUCAGUCAUCAUUUUUGUGAGCUUGUUUAAGAAUGUUUUAGGAUAUAAAUCAUUGUAUCUCGUGAUUUUGUAUUUUUGUUGUGAAACUAUUCAAGCAGAGUACGUCUGUCAUGUCGAAUCUAAUCCGUGAUAAAGCUAUUGAAUUUUAACUUCUGCACAAAUCUAUCAGAUUGCAUGUUAAGGACCAAUGGGAUGUAUGUCUUUUCCCUUGUUCUCACUGGUGCAUGUUGUCAUGAUGUAUAUGAAGUGUUGGGAGUGUCCUGUGAAAGCAGACCCCCAGCAGUCUUUGUGUAUAUAAGCUGUACAGAACAGUUGUGUUGGGUUUCACCAGAUAUACUGUAUUUACUUGUGUACAUUACAUCAAUAAAAAGAAACAGCUGUGAGGAA